AUAAGAUAAGUGAUAUUAUUAACAAUGGAAACUCCUGUAUACAAGAGGUAUACCAAAAAAGUAGAGAAUCUACAUCAAAAUAUGAUUCUCUAUAAAAGACAUUCAAUCAUCUAUACAAGAAGCCAGAAGGAACUACAAGGGUGCACCAAAAAGCAGCCAAAGUAAAAAGGUUAUUUCUCAAGUGUGCAAACUCAUUUUUGAUCCCCUCAAGAACUCUCAUAUUUCUCUCUUUCCAUAUGACCCACAUAAGAGUUAAUGGAGCAACCUUCCAUGCUUUUUGCCUUCUACAAGUAUGUCUUCCAGCCUAAAUAUGUAGAACAUAUCUAACGGUACCCGACAUUACCCAUUGUACACCAUAACAAUUCAGAACCAUCCUCCACAAAAUCGAUGCCACUUUACAAUGCACCAAGAGAUGAUCAACUUCUUCACCAGAACACUUGCACAUGGAACUUCAGCUAACAUGAGUGAUAUUUCUCUUCCUUAAGUUAUUGGUUGUCAGAAUCGCUCCCCUCGCCGCCAACCAAGCAAAAAAGCACAACUUUCUAGGUGUCCCAGGGAUCCAGAUUGAAAGGUUUGGAAAAGACAUCUUCUCUCUCGCGAGCAAGCUCUGAUAGAGAGAUUUGACAGUGAACAAACCAUCGCUACUCAAGGCCCACCUCCAUGAAUCACUAAGAUUGUGCCUGAUGAGUUUGUAGAGCAACUCCAAAAGCCUUUGAAACUCAUCCAUCUCCCAGUUUGGAAGUGAUGUGACCAUCGAAGUCUUCCCACCCAUUCAGAAUGCUCCUCCACAUGCCACAGCCAAACGGAACAGUAAUAGCCCAAGUCCUCCACCCUCCUUUGGAUGAGCCAUAUUUCUCUACCACUACCUCCCUCAUAAGGCGUUCUCCUCCACCCUAAAUAUUCAUAGCCAUUUCCCUAGUAAAACUCUAUUAAACACCUUAAGAUCUCUCAGUCCUAGACCACCCCACUCCUUUGGAGUUGUAGCAACCUCCCAGACUCCCAUUUAACCUAGUGAUUUUUUUAGUCCCAUAAAAAGUUCCUUUGAAGCCUUUCUUGUUUUCUGCAACUAUCAUUGGUGCUUGCAACAAAGACAAUCAGUAGGUAGGGAUGCCCAAUAAAGUAUUUUUUAUGAAUACUUCCUUGCCACCCUUCACAAGUAUCACUUUUCCCAACUUGCUCGUCUCUUCUCAACUCUUUCAAUAAUAGGAUUCCAAACUGUGAGGUCCUUAUGCAAGGCAACCCUAGUCCCGUACGUUACAGGCAUUGUAAACUUUUCCAGACACUUGUUCCAAACCAUUCUCUCCCCCUCUUCUUCCUCCUCUCCUUCCCUCCCUAUGAAGAAACUCCAUCACUUCCCCCAUCUCCAAGCGCCAGUGCCAACGCCAGCACCACUGAUCAAAACUCAGGGUGCAACCAUAUUCUAAACCCACACACACAGGUCCCCCACCUUCUUGAAGAGGUCAAAACACCAAAGAUGGACAGAGAGACCCACCAAAUUCACCACCACAAUAUCUCUGGUAAAAUGUGGAUCGUCACACCCAGAAAGUUCCUCCCAUCCUUCCAACUUCAAGAAGGUGUCACCCAUCCACCUUCUCCCCCUUUGAAGAACUUCAGAAGCUUGAAACUCAUCUGCAAAAUGAAAAAGAAACCGAGAAUGAUUAACCUUCAGCCCAUUAGCUACACCCAAACAGCCGCCGCCCAGUUUCCAACAGCAUCCGGUGAGCCCACCCAUUUUGGGGAAGUCCCGAGCAAUUCAAGAAGUUUUUUCUUUAGACAUAUUUACUGGACGGCGAAAAAUGAGGUUCCCUAUCUGAUUCCACCUUGCAGCAUCUUCCCCCUAGUUCUAAUACUGGCUCCUUGAAAGACCUUUGUUCCAGCUUCCUUGAUUCUAGAGGGAAGUAGGUGCCUCUCUCUCUAGACAUUUCAAAAUUGAUGUAUCUACAACGUAAGCUAAUAAGACCCACAUAUAAUGGACUCUUAGCAUCCUAAUGAGCCUUGGUUGUACAAACAAUAAAGCAUGCCAAUGUGAAUAAUUUUCUGAAAAGAACCAAAUAUAAAAAAUCUCAUAUGAUAAGUAUUACUCAAGUAAAUAUAUCCAAAACAAAAAAGAACGCUUAUCCAACACAAGCAACAAGAUGAACUAAAUAUCGUCAAUGACUCCUUAGAAAUAUCUUUGCUACAAUUUUUGUGAAAUAGGCACGCCAGCAAGCUGAAAUAUUCUCAACCUCCCACUCAUUCCAGAUCACAAUUAAACAACUAAAGGGAAAAUACUUUCUUCAAUUGUUACUUUGAGAGGCCACUGACACGA